AAUCACACUUUGGUUUAGGUUUUUGUACACCAAAUAACCGAAUUGGUUCUUUUUUUCUUCUAACUUUGGUUUACAGUUUGGUGUCUUAACUGAACUAUAACUGAAUUAAAAAUGAAACCUUUUUUUAGUUUUACCCUACUUCUGAUUUGCACUGUAGUAUGCUUCGCGAGCAUCUGUGAUGUUCACGAUCAUGGCGACAAUGAAACCUGCAUUUUCAAAUUCCUCUCGUUACCCUUAUCGUCUCCUCUCCCAACUGAAAAUUUUCCGGCGUAUAGGUUCUGUUCCGGCACUGGUAUCUGAAGAUUCCGACGACCAAUCCAAUGAUGUUCCUCUCCGCACGAGUAGCAACGGUCACGAGGGCAGUUAUAUUCCCGCAGAGAGACGUUUCUACAACAUGCUUUUAAAGAAAUGUACAGUCUUUAAGUUAAUCACUCAUGGAAAGAUCGUUCAUGCUCAUCUGAUUCAAUCCAUCUUCCGUCAUGACCUCGUUAUGUACAACACUCUUCUCAAUAUGUAUGCUAAAUGCGGAAGUUUGGAGGAAGCUCGUAAAGUGUUCGACCAAAUGCCUGAGAGAGAUUUUGUUACAUGGACCACUUUGAUUUCUGGUUAUUCGCAGCAUGGUCGACCUCGUGAUGCGUUACUCUUGUUUGAUCAGAUGGUUAGAUUUGGAUUUAGUCCCAAUGAGUUCACUUUGUCUAGUGUCAUCAAAGCUGCUGCAGCUGAGACGAAAGGUUGUUGUGGUCAUCAGCUUCACGGGUUCUGUAUUAAGUGUGGAUUCGAUUCAAAUGUUCAUGUUGGUAGCGCUCUUCUUGACUUGUACACACGCUAUGGUCUUAUGGAUGAUGCACAAUUGGUUUUUGAUGCGCUUGAGAGCAGGAAUGAUGUUUCUUGGAAUGCUCUUAUUGCUGGUCAUGCUAGGAGAUGUGGUACAGAGAAGGCUUUUGAGCUAUUUCAACGGAUGCUUAGAGAAGGUUUCAGACCUUCUCAUUUCUCAUACGCUAGCCUCUUUGGCGCUUGUUCCAGUACUGGGUUCUUGGAGCAAGGGAAAUGGGUUCAUGCGUAUAUGAUUAAAUCCGGUGAAAAGCUUGUGGCUUUUGCAGGAAACACUCUUCUUGACAUGUAUGCAAAAUCAGGAAGCAUCCAUGAUGCGAGAAAAAUAUUCGAUAGAUUGGCUAAAAGGGAUGUGGUGUCUUGGAACUCGCUGUUAACUGCUUAUGCCCAACAUGGAUUUGGAAAAGAAGCAGUGUGCUGGUUUGAGGAAAUGAGGAGAGGUGGGAUUUGUCCCAAUGAGAUCUCGUUUCUCUCUGUGCUUACAGCUUGCAGCCAUUCUGGUCUUCUAGAUGAAGGGUGGCAUUACUUUGAAUUGAUGAAGAAGGAUGGGAUAGUACCCAAGGCUUGGCACUAUGUCACGGUUGUAGAUCUUCUAGGGCGUGCUGGUGAUCUUCAUAGGGCACUGAGAUUUAUUGAAGAAAUGCCAAUAGAACCUACUGCAGCCAUCUGGAAGGCCCUGCUUAACGCUUGUAGAAUGCAUAAGAAUAUGGAAUUGGGAGCUUAUGCGGCCGAGCAUGUAUUUAAACUUGACCCUGACGACCCUGGUCCUCAUGUAAUACUAUAUAACAUCUAUGCAUCAGGUGGCAGGUGGAACGAUGCUGCGAGAGUCAGAAAGAAGAUGAAGGAAAGUGGAGUAAAGAAGGAACCUGCUUGCAGUUGGGUGGAGAUUGAGAAUGCUAUCCACAUGUUUGUGGCGAAUGAUGAACGUCAUCCACAGAGGAAGGAGAUUGCUCUCAAGUGGGAAGAGGUUUAUGCAAAGAUCAAGGAGUUGGGAUAUGUGCCAGACACCAGCCAUGUAAUAGUCCAUGUGGAUCAACAGGAGAGCGAAGUGAAUUUACAAUAUCAUAGCGAGAAAAUUGCAUUGGCAUUUGCGCUUCUCAACACUCCUCCUGGAUCAACCAUACACAUCAAGAAGAACAUCCGUGUUUGCGGGGAUUGUCAUUCAGCAAUCAAAUUGGCUUCAAAGGUGGUUGGGAGAGAAAUCAUAGUGAGAGAUACCAAUCGGUUCCACCAUUUUAAGGAUGGUACUUGUUCUUGCAAGGAUUAUUGGUAGUGACCACUGAAGAAUUCAAUAUGCAGCAAAAAAGUUGGAAAAGCUUACAACAGCCAACUUUGACCAAAAGAUGCAGAUCAUUCAGAACACAUUGACGGUUAGCAGUUAUCUAAAUUGAAGACCAUCUGAUUUAAUGAUCCUAAAAAAGAAGUUGUUUAAUGGGUUUUGGUUUGCCAGACUCUUGUUCACACAGUUUCUUCAAAUGUUGUACUUGUGCUGUUUUUGUUUGCAAGCUCUUGGAGUAAGAUCCUGGACCUUGGUUUUGGAGCAAGGUGCUGUUUAUGUUGGCAAGCUUUUGGAGCAAGAUCCUGGACCUCGGUUUUGGGGCAAGGUGAAUGUGUGGAUAUGGUGAAAGCUGGACCAGGACGUAUCUGGUGGAUAGUAGACCCUUUGAAAGUGAUCAGGACCAAUGUGGUUGAUCAAAAGCUAAGCCUAACAAUAUUCUUUUUUCUCGUUUCGAUAUGGUUCUAGGUUAAAACUGUAAACAUAAUUACACUAGAAAUAUGCAUUCAUCUUUGUUGACAACAACUGAAGCUGUAGUGUUUGGGCUUCCAAAAAGACAAAACCGAGUCCGCAGAGGCAUGCGUGCAACUGCAACGGGAGGCAUGGACUAUAAGAUCACGAAACUCUCUCUCCUUCUUUCACCAAUUUUUAACUUGAGAAAAGAGAGACGAUUCUUUUAGGAGUCUUUUGUCUUUGAUUUUGUUGCCCAAAUAACUGGUUUCACAAUAAACAGCCACACUUGGAAAUUGUAUGAGACU